AUGGGUAGUUGUAUUUCCUCUUCUUCACAAAAACAAACAAACCGAGAUGUUGGUGUUAGUUCUGCAACAUACUCGCAAACAACAAAUAAAACUGUCAAUAACCGUUUUCACGAAAAUAUUAAUGAAGUUAGUUCUCCCAAGGAUAAUGCUAGAAAAGCUAAAGUUGUUAAAAGACCGAAGAAAGUUCAUAAAGGUCUCAUUGGUCUUCCUUCCAACUUUCAACAUACUGGUCAUAUCGGUAUCGCUGAACUGCGUAGCGGUAAAGUUGAUCCUGAGAAAAUUAAAAGUCAAAUGGCUGAAGUUGCAGCCGCUCUUAGUUUAGAAGGUUUGAAUAUGGGAUCGUCAAUUCCAACAACCCCGCUUAAUAAUGUUAAUAAUAAACAAAAGACAUCACCAGCAGCUAAUAUGAAUAAACAAAGACUUAGCUCAUUGACAUCUGUAUCAGAACAACAAGUUGUUACCAAUAAUAAUUCUAACAAUGUUAAUAAUGGUAACAGUUCAACUUUUUCUCAAAACGAUCCUCAAAACGAUCCUCAAUUUAAAGUUAAGAGAAAACCCACUUUAACUUCGGUUUCUUCACCGGUGCCUCGGCCAUCAUCGCCUCCAUUAAAUACUAUAGGCGAUCCAAUGGCUGAAAUUGUAGCUGCACUGAAAAUGCCAAUUGAUGGAAAUUUUGGUAAACAAAAUGAUCAAAAAUUGGUU